CAACAACUAACAAUCAGCCACAAACCAACCUCAAAUGAAAUAAAAAUGCAGAAAAUGUACAUUUCUUUGAGCUAUUAGCAUUUACUAUUUGGUAAAACUUAUGUGAACUAUUUUAAAUCCCUGGAAAUUUAAGGGAUACAACAGUUAUUUCUAUAAAUGUGUACACAUUUUAUUUAGUACCAUAUGAAUAUGAACACUUACCCAAGAGUUCAUGACGGCCCGCUAUGCUCACCACUUGACAGAAUGUGACUUAGAUAACACAUGCUACCUAUAUAUACUGAUUAGAUACAUUACAGAUGCUGAUCAAUUUGGCAGAUCUACUUUUUUCACUAAUACUUUCCUAAAGGUCAGACAGCGACUUUAAUGAGCUGGUCGCAUACCACACACCGGGAAGGACGGUCAUAACAACUCUUCCAUUCAAGAAUUAUUGAAUAAGCAGCAAAUUGGUUUGGCCCAUAAUGAACACUAAGAUGAACAUAGUCAUUAUAAAAUGAGAUGAAACCUCGGAUGUGUCAUCUCACGACAAAAUAAGUGGCCGUGUGAAGGCCGAGGAACCUCUCAACUCAUACGUUGUUAAGAAGGCUUGCAAUCGUCUCUCUGUUGUCGAACUAGUAGCUGCUAUGUACUCACUGGUGUUCUGUAUUGUUCUACUAAAUGUCCUGUCUCAACUCUACGCUUUUCCAUCUUCUACAUUACCAAGAUUGCCCGAUUCAAGCCCAAUCAAGAUAAAAUUGUUAUCAGAAGACACUAUAUCUAAGACAAUGACUAACAGAAUUCGUCGUAAAGUGCCAGCGUCCUCAUAUUUUCUGAGCAAAGACACUCCUAUAUCAAGAACAGGACAAUCUGGAGCUCCAAAUUCGGUAGCUCUUCCACCGCCAUCACCUUUGGAGUCGUCAUAUGGGCCUGGCAGCCCUAGCAGCCAGAGCGAUAAGUACCGUCCUGAUGGAUCUUUCUCUUACAGCUAUAACACAGAUAACGGAAUAUCUACAAAUGUGAAGGGAUACCAGAAAAACGUUGCGGGUAAACAAGGACAAGCUAUGGAGGGACAAUAUUCUUACACGUCACCAGAAGGAAGACCUAUACUUACACUCUGGUACGCGGACGAGACAGGUUUCCAUGCUCAGGGGGCUCAUUUACCCUUAUUCACCCUGCGUAAUGGAUAAGGACUUAGUGGAUCUUGAAAUGUACUGGACUUAAUUGAUUGACUCUAAGAAUAAAAAAUAAAUCCAAAUUAUAUAUAUGAAUGUCUUAUAUUGUGCUGUAUUUAACAAAUUUCUUAGUUAAUAUUACGCAGUUAACGUAGGAUUAUAACCAUAUUACUAACCAAAUAUUUAAAAUUUAGAUAUUAUUCUUUUAAAAAUUAUACAUAUAUUUCGAGCAUCUAGUGUAUAUUAAAUAGUAUACAUUAUAUUUAAAUGUUAAUUAUAUAAUAUGAAACACUGUGUAUGUUAGAUUGAAACAAAGUUUGUAAUUAACCAAUUAUAUAUGUAAUUUAGACCUUAAGUACAGAAAUAUUAGAAUUUUUCUCAUAAUUAUUAUAAUAUUAUUGGUUAGAAUUAAAUAUGUACAUAGAAAUACGAUAAAUAUUUUAUUAAUCGAUAGUAUAAGAAAAGUUGUGCAAUAAAUUGCAUUUUUUAAUUUACUGUAAUGCUCUGUUUUGUUGAAUACUUUAAUUAAACGUCUU